GAGUGGCAUGGCUGCCCCUCGGUCCUCCGACUGUGAGCACCCAGCUAAUGCUGCGAGGUAUUUGUGGUAGUCUCCCAGUAUCCACGCCGGACAAUAAGUUUCUUAGGUCCGCAGUCCUGGUGUCUUGUUGGGCCGCAGAGCUCGGGCUCUGAGGAGAAUGGAUCCUUCUUUGGAUAUGUGGGACUUCUCAUCUUUAAUAUCAUUAUGGAUAAACAGGUUUUACAUAUAUUUGGGCUUUGCCUUUGGCUUUAGCCUUUGGAUUUGUUUCCAGAUUGUCAUCAGAAAGCAGAACAAAAACUCACAGGAGAAAACCGUUCCAAAAGCAUCUCGGGAUUUGAUGACAAAUGGCUAUAUCUCUCUUCAAAAGAAGGAAGUCUUUGUGUCUGGAGUGAAGAUUUUCUAUGGUUCUCAGACUGGCACAGCAAAGGGAUUUGCGACAGUUCUUGCCGAAGCAGUUAGCUCCCUUGAUCUGCCUGUGGCAGUUAUUAAUCUGAAGGAAUAUGACCCAGAUGACCAUCUAGUAGAAGAGGUUACCAGUAAAAACGUCUGUGCCUUCCUGGUUGCUACCUACACUGACGGUCGGCCGACUGAGAGCACAGAGUGGUUCUGCAGGUGGCUAGAGGAAGCAGCCAAUGACUUUCGAUUUGGCAAAACGUACCUGAAGGGUGUGAGAUAUGCGGUGUUUGGCCUGGGAAAUUCUGCGUAUGUGAGCCACUUCAACAAGGUGGGGAAGAACGUGGACAAGUGGCUCUGGAUGCUCGGCGCCCAUCGCGUGAUGUCCCGAGGGGAGGGUGACUGCGACGUGGUUAAAAGCAAACACGGCAGCAUCGAGGCCGACUUCACAGCGUGGAAGGCUAGGUUCAUCUCCCGGCUACAGGCGCUCUGUAAAGGAGAGGGAAAACCCUGUGGUGGCAACUGCAAGAAAGGCAAGUGCGAAUCUAAUCAGCACGGCUCAGAGGCGGUGGAGCCAGGGUCUCACGCUCAAGAGGGAUUUCAUCAGAGAGACGCUGAGGAAGAGCCCUUUGGGAGCACCAGUGAGGAAGAGUCUGGUACUGAGGACCAUCAGAGUCUAAAAUCUGUCAUUGAUGUUGAAGACCUCGGCAAGAUUAUGGAUCGUAUGAAGAAAGAAAAGAGAGAAAAGGAGCGGCAGGAAGGGGAAACCAGUUUGAUCAGGAGCGCAGUGAAGAAUGAAGCCAGUGAAAGAAGAGCUAUGAUAACUCCUGCUCUCCGAGAAGCCCUGACUAAACAAGGUUAUCAGUUGAUUGGGAGCCACUCUGGGGUGAAGCUUUGCAGGUGGACAAAGUCCAUGCUCCGAGGAAGAGGAGGUUGCUAUAAACAUACGUUCUAUGGCAUUGAAAGCCAUCGUUGCAUGGAAACUACCCCGAGCUUGGCAUGUGCAAAUAAAUGUGUCUUCUGUUGGCGGCACCACACCAAUCCAGUGGGUACUGAAUGGCGGUGGAAGAUGGACCAGGCUGAAAUGAUCUUAAAGGAAGCCAUUGAGAACCAUCAGAACAUGAUGAAGCAGUUUAGAGGAGUGCCAGGUGUCAGAGAGGAACGCUUUGAGGAAGGAAUGACAGUAAAGCACUGUGCAUUAUCCCUUGUGGGAGAACCCAUCAUGUACCCAGAAAUCAACAGGUUUUUGAAGCUACUCCACGAGUGUAAAAUCUCCAGUUUCCUGGUCACAAAUGCACAGUUCCCUGCGGAAAUCAGGAACCUCAAACCAGUUACCCAGCUAUACGUUAGUGUGGACGCCAGCACCAAAGAGAGCCUGAAGAAAAUUGACCGCCCGCUCUUCAAGGAUUUCUGGCAAAGAUUCCUCGACAGUUUAAAAGCCUUGGCUGCAAAGCAACAACGUACUGUCUAUAGGCUGACUCUAGUGAAAGCAUGGAACGUGGAUGAGCUCCAGGCCUAUGCCAAGCUGGUGUCCCUGGGGAACCCUGACUUCAUCGAGGUGAAGGGUGUUACCUACUGUGGAGAGAGUUCGGCAAGCAGUCUUACCAUGGCCAACGUGCCCUGGCACGAAGAAGUGGUGCGCUUUGUCUGUGAGUUGGUGGAUCUGAUCGCCGACUAUGAAAUUGCCUGUGAACACGAACAUUCCAACUGCCUCCUGAUAGCUCACAAGAAGUUUAAGAUUGGCAGAGAAUGGUGGACGUGGAUUGAUUACAGCCGCUUCCAGGAGCUCAUCCAGGAAUAUGAAGACAGUGGUGGAUCCAAAACUUUCAGUGCCAAGGAUUACAUGGCCAGAACUCCUCACUGGGCGUUAUUUGGUGCCGACGAAAGAGGCUUUGAUCCCAAGGACACAAGAUAUCAGAGAAAGAACAAAUCAAAGGAUAUUUCUGGAUGUUGAGGUUAUCUGAAUUUAGGAUACCGAAGGACACAAACUGAUUGCCUCAGAAGGUUCUCAGACUCCACUGUGAUUUUUCCAAGGACAAAUUACACAAAUUAUAUUUCACAUAGAGAAGGGUGAAAGGGGACGCAAGUCACAUCCUGAGGCUCGGGAGGCAGCCAGCCGCGCUUUGAGUGCCUGGGACUCAGCCUCACCGUCUCUUUCCAGAACUCAGUCCCUUUUCUGAGUUUACUUCUGAAAGAAAAUCAUUUUGAGGGGGAAGUACACAAUCUUUAUUAGUUCUGAAUUAUAAUUAGGAAGACUGCCUAGAAUGCCAACCAUGGGAGUGUUGUGCAGAGUGUAUUUCUGUUCCUCUUCCCCCGUCAUGGGCUGUUGGCCUUUGUCAGUUGUACUACCCUGAGGUCAGUGUAUCUGCUCCCUCUAAGAUCUCCAUCCCUUUCUUACAUCUUAAGAUAACACUUCCUGAAAGUAAUUUGUCACAGUUCUCAAUUAUUUUAAAUACCACAUAGAUUUCUUUAAAUAUUCAUUUAGCACCAACUCUUUAGAAACUGAUUUGGAUCUAAAACUGUACUAGAUCUCAUUCCGUUCCCAUACAGAUUGCCAUAGAAAGUAGUAUGUGAGCUGGAUUAGAGUAAAAUCUCUCUUCUUCUGUAAGAGGAAUUGUCAUAUGAUGUCACUGAAUAAUUAGUCUCACAAAUUAGCCUCACAAAUUAGUGAAACAAUGAGUACAAUUUGUUUUUGGUUUGAAAAGUCAGUGUUUAAGCCUCUCAUCACUACACAUAUAGCAGGUUUCCAUCUUCUUUCACUCUUGCAGCCCUAGCUACUUUCUGCAAUCUGUUCUUUAAGUUUCAGGUUUUUUCCUAGUUGAAAACAUCACUAAAUACUCAGUAGUUUUUAAAAAGUAUUAUAGUUAUUUAAAAAAUUUCUUUAUCCUAAAAUUUUAAUAAAAUAUCUUUUGUGAAGACUUGGACCACACAUUUUCUUUUGAGCGCUUAUUUUAAAGAUGCUUCUAGUCCCGUGGUUCUAAGCCCUGUCAGACCCAUCUCUUCCUUAUAUUCCUCCUCUAUUCUCUGCUGAAGUAAAGUUCAUGAUAAUAUAAUCUACUUACUCAUUUAGUUGAAAACUGGGCACUGUAUUUAUUUCUAAGUGAUAGAGUCUCUCUGUGCCAUAGGAUGAAAUCAGAUGUUCUUGAAGUCACCACAUCUUCAAGCAUGUGUUCAGUCUCCUGUUCUGUUGACCCCUGAGACAGACAAGAGAUGGGAGUGAUCCAGACCAGUGAGGCAGGAGCUCACUGAAGCUCAGAUGUGUUAAUGGUCGUUGAGUAGAGACGGAAAAUCUCUAUUCAAACCUUAAAUUAGGGCAGAGUAUUAAAAAGCAAGAGCUCAUGCUAAGGAGCGCACAGAUGGGCUCCUGUUUGUGACAGCUAACUGGGCACACAGCUGUAGGAAGACCCCUCUGGGGCUGCCGUAAGGAGCAGGGCAGGCGGCAGUGCAUGCUGGGCUUUGGACCGUCACUCAACCUCUUUUUCAGCCGGGCAACUCUGCUUUUAUUUUUUAUGCAUUGAGGUUCUGCUCAAGAUUUAAUUUGAACGAAGAUAUUCUGUUGCUUCAAAGAAAAAAAAACAUAGCAAACCUCUCACCACCAGAAUGAGCCCUCCUGACUCCAUUAACUUUAGGCACAUAAAUGAGCAGUUUUUCUCCCUCUGCCACCCAGGAAGUGUUUGCUUUAUAUUUAAAAAAAAAUAACAUGGCGUAUUAAUCCCAGUUCACAGUCACAACAGAAAAUUUUAAAUGCCUAGGGGAAAAAAAUACAGUGGAAUCUGGAUGAAAAAAAUUAAAUGUUUGCUGAGCAGUAUUAAAAUAGAAGAGAUGGGGAAGAUUGAAUAUUCUUAGAAGGUGAGCUAUUUGAAAAAUAGCAUUCUAGAUGUCCAGUGGAAGUUAUUGUUGGAGUUUGAGCAAGCGAUUCUAAAAUUCUGCUGAAAAACUAGCCAGGUAAGAAUAGUUAAAAGAUUCUAGAAAAAUAAUUAUUCAAGGAAAAUUGCUUUACAAGAUAUUAAAGGAUGUUGUCUAAAAUAAUUCAAACAACAUGAAACGAGAUCAGCUUCCAAAAUGACAGUGAGAACCUCAGUGAACUCACUCUCCCUCUAAAACAGUGAAAAUAUGGGCAAAACAACUAAAAUCAAAGAAUUUUAGAAUUCCGACAGUUUAACCAAAGUUUUGCCGUGAGCUGAAAAUCAUCUGUUAAGAGAAACUACUGAACCUCAAUAAAAUUAACAGUUUACUUCUCAUCAGAAAGCAUGGAGGCCAAGAGACGGUGGAAUGGUAUCUUAAAAGAGGUGGAAGAAGAGACUUUCAACCAAAAAUUCUAUGCCUAGCUUAAUCUUCCUUCAGAAUUAAAGAAGAAAUUAAGACAUUUUCAGAUAAGCGAAGUAAAAGAAUUCAUCACCAGCAGACCUGCCUUCGAGGAGGAGUCCUCAGGCCUUAAUGAAAGUACGUUAGGCACUAACUUGAAACCACGUGAAGAAAUAAACAGCACUGGUGAAAGUAACUACGUAAGUUUUACAGAAGACAAUAUAAAUGUACUUUUGUUUGUAACUCUCCUAUCUGUUUUAUAAGAUAGCUGCGUAAAGCAGUAUUUAUAAAACUGUGUUGAUGGACUUAGAAUGUAUAAAGAUGUAAUUUGUAUGACAGUAAUAACAUGAAAGAAGUGUGAGGAGAACAGAGGUAUAUUGGAGCAAGUCUUGACUACCCACUGUUGAAAUUAAGUGGGUAUGUUUCCAAAGCAGAUUGUUUUAAGAUGCUAAUUGUAAUCCCAAGAGCAGCCACUAAGAAUAAAUUUUAAAAGUUAUAGUAAAAAAAAUACGAUUCUGCUCACAGUUUCAAUGUGUGGAUUUCCCCCCCCACACCAAACAGUUCUCCGACACCAGCUGGGCGUCCUGCAGUUCAGCUUAAUUCUGACACUGUCUACCUGGAGAUAGCAUCAGAUCCCACAGGUUAAGUGCUCUGCCCCCCAACUUCAGAUGCCAGUCACAAGUCCAGGUUGUCACCUGUGCUUCUGACCAACCAGCUAUAGAUUGGAGGUUCCCGUGGGUUUGAUUAAUGUGCUAGAGCGGCUCACAGAACUCAGAGAAACAUUUUACUUACUAGAUUAUUGGUUUAUUAUAGAAGGGUAUAACUCAGGAACAGCCAGAUGGAAGAGAUACACAGGGCAAGGUACGUGGGAAGGAAGAUAGGGCUUCCAUGCCUUUUGCAAGCACGCCACUCUCCCAGAUCAUGUGUUCACCAAUCUGGAAGCUCUCCAAACCCAGUCCUUUUGGGUUUUUAUAGAGGCUUCAUUACAUAGGCACGAUUGAUUAAAUCAUUGGCCAUUGGUGAUUGACCUUAAUCUCCAGCCCCUCUCCCCUCUCCAGAGGUCCAGGGGUGGUUCUGAAAGUUCCCAACCCUCUAAUCACUUGGUUGGUGGCCCUGGCAACGAGUCCCCUUCCUUAGGUUACCUAAGGGCUUUCCAAAAGUCGCCUCAUUAACAUAACAAAAGACACCUGUUUUCUUGUUGUUGUUGUCAUCGCUUAGGAAAUUCCAAGGGUUUUAGGAGCUCUAUGCCAGGAACUGGGAGAGAAUAAGUAUAUUUAAUAAUUUAAUAUUUAUAUUUAAAUAAUGUAUAUUUCCUACUAUGAAUCACAAUAUCACAAAGAAACGAGAAUUUAAAAGGUACACUAGAUAAUAUC